CACGUGGUGCACGCCUCGUUUGAAAUUCGUGGCGGUGAAGUGAGGUUAGGAAUCUAUUAAUUUGGAAAAUCAGAAAAUUCGACACGAUUGCGAUGGAAAUUGAAUCCAUUAAGAAAAAUCGUCCUAAAAUGAAAUCGAAAGAUAAAUCUGUGAUGGCCACGAAUAAAGACGAAGCCCAGAUACAGAUACGUUUUGUAACCAAGCAGCAGAGAUAUGCAGUACCGGAUUAUCCCUUAGCGGUUCAUAGCUCGAUAGUCACCGACGAAUUAAACAGUUUGAUAAACGAACUUCUGAGAGAGUCGAAUGAUGUCCAGGACCAAGUGGAGUUUGAUUUCCUGGUUUGCUCACAGUUUCUACGUAGCUCUUUGACAGAACACAUCGCUGACAGAGGAGUUUCUACGGAAGAGGUGGUAGAUGUUGAGUAUGUGGAGAAGCAUCCUCCACCAGAGCCAAAGGAUUGUCUGGUGCACGACGAUUGGGUAUCGGCUGUUGCUGUUUGUGGAAAAUGGAUCCUAACUGGUUCUUACGAUAAUAUGCUACAUAUUUGGACAUUGAAGGGCAAACAUCAACUUGUAAUUCCUGGACAUAUAUCUCCCGUCAGAGCAGUGGCCUGGAUAUCUCUCAAUGACGAUAAUGCUUCCUUCGUUAGCGCAUCAAUGGAUCAGACGUGUAUGAUAUGGAGUUGGGAUAUAACGAGGAAUUCUGUGGAAUGCGUGCAUGUCUGCAAGGGACACAGAAGAAGCAUCGAAGCGGUCAGCGUUAAUUAUGAUAAAACAUUAAUGGCAACUGGCGCCUGGGAUAAUAUGUUAUACAUAUGGUCAACAUCUGCGCAAGAAGAAGACGAUACUGGAGAAUCCGCGUCGAAAAGGGCAAGAUCGGAAUACGCGAGUAAAACGAAGACGCCAAAAUGUGCGAUGAAGGGACACAAGCAGGCGAUCAGCGGGAUCGUGUGGUCCGACAAAACGGAGAUCAUCACAGGCUCGUGGGAUCAUACCAUAAAGACUUGGGAUACCGAAUUAAACGGCAUCAAGCAGGAAAUUCACGGUGACAAGUGCUUCUUCGACAUCGACUAUUCGCCACUGUCACGUGUUGUGAUAGCGGGAUCGGCCGAUCAACAUGUGAGGCUGUAUGAUCCGAGAUCUACAGAAGGUGCAAUUGUGAAAGCUAGGUUCACCUCUCACACGCAGUGGGUGUCGACAGUACGCUGGUCGACUGUGGACGAACAUCUCUUCAUCUCGGGAGCAUAUGAUAAUAUCGUCAAGCUCUGGGACACCAGAAGCCCCAAGGCACCGCUGUUCGAUCUCCUGGGACACGAUGACAAGGUCCUCAGCUGCGACUGGUCGAAUCCUAAACUGAUAAUGUCUGGUGGUGCGGAUAACACACUAAGGAUAUUCAAAUCCAACUACGUAGAGCACUAAUUCGCACUAAACAAGGUGCGAUAGAAAUUGUUAUAAAACAUUGUCCAUAAUCGAUAUCGAAACGAUCGGAACUCCUGUUUCAUAAGAUUAUGUGCUUGAACUUGUCACAUUAGUUAAUAAUUUUUUAAAUUUAGAAAAUUAAUAAUAAUAAGAGAUUAUUAUUAGGCAAAAGGGAUGUUCCAAUCUCUUCUUGUAAUGACCAUGUAAUAUUUUUAUCUUUUGCGUCUGAGAAAUUUUUUCUUUGCGUUGAGUGUGCUUUUUAUAUCGAUCUUUGAAAACGAAACUUGCGUGUAGUUACGAAUCCAUUGAGAAAUCGACUAUAUAUUCAAUCACAUGAUAAUAUCGUACGUGAAGAAUAUAAAGGCUUGAUCGAUGGUACAAAUAACAACAAUUUAUCUCUUGUAAUAAUGAAAAGGAAUAAAAGCAAA